AUGAAGCUGGAGCGAGUAGUAGCAGAAAAAUCUGAAAAUGAAACCAAAUUGAAGACAAAGCUAAUAGAAUUAACAAAUGAAAAAGAAACCCAGUCACAUCAGAUUCAGGACCUUGAAAAGAAGUUAGAUAAACGGGAGAAAAAAUUUAUCAGAGAUAUUGAAGGCUUGCAAGAGGAGAUGAUGUGCAAGAUUAAGGAGGACAUGAGAAGGUUGAAAAUAUCAUUAGUAGAUUUGGAAAAUAAGUCAGAGGCCCUUGCAGUACUCAAAGACAAAAAUAUCAUCCUGCCAAUAGCAGCAAACAAUCAGAGACAAGGAAGAGUGGUUUCGGAAGAAGAAAGAAAACAACGGUCGGAAAGAAUGAAGAAGUAUUGGACGGACAAGAAGAAGAGGAAGAAUUUAAAAAGAAUCUAA